AUGCUGCUGAUCAUUGAAGCUCUUCUGCUCAUUUUAGCUGCUCUAGGACAGGAUCACAGAGCUGCUGCAAGACAGAUAUUUCCACUGGAUAUGGCACAGAAUUCUGUUGAUGACAAUUAUGACGGCUGUACAAAGGAAAUGGCGAAUCUGGUGAAGACCAAAUAUCUCGAAAAGGAAAUGCAAUCUAAUUUUGCAAAUGCUUGGAAACAAGCUGAAAAGAAUUACAAGCCACCCGGAGAUAAAUUGACAAAGAAUCAUUCGAUCGCUAUCUAUGUGUACACUAACUCUAAAUUUGAGAUUUAUAAGGAUUUCAAUAAUGCUGUUCGUAAUGAAAAGAAAAAAUACCAAAACAAGAAAUUCACAUGGUAUUCACUUCACUUUUUGUUAACAGAUGCGGUACAGAUUCUGAAGAAAACACAAAAAGGAUGCAUGUUAACUUAUCGUGGUACAAAUGUUAAUUUUAAUGAGAGUGUUCUAAACAAAGAGGUUCAUUUUGGCUCAUUUGCUUCUUCCUCUUUUAAUCAUACCAAAACAAAACUUUUUGGAAAUAAAUCUUGUUUUGUAAUCUACACUUGUGAAGGUGCAAAUUUGACAAAAUAUUCUAAGCAUGACAAGGAGGAAGAGGUGCUGAUUCCUCCUUAUGAGACGUUUAAAGUCACUGCUGUCAAGACAAGAAAACAGCAGAAAGAUCUCUGGUGUGACACUGUGUUCACUUUGAAAAGCUCUGGAAACAGAAGUGACCUGAAUUGUGCUCUAUUCAAGAAACCACCCAAGACCAUAACAAAAUACUAAGACUGGCAAUGAAAGUAGGCCUACUGAACAAAGAGCUUUGAAUUUAUGAAUUUAUAGUACACCAAUUCCAACA